AAGAAGCACGGAAUCCGCAAGGAACCCGACCUAGCUGCGAUACGAGCGAGGAUUCAGGAUGCUGCACGGGACUUUGCCGCGGGCCUUCGUGUCGCCGGGGCUCAAGUACCUUGCGGGUGGCUACGGGUACGACGAUGAAGGUUCCGGAUACGCAGCCGCCUACGCCGCCACCUCGCCCUUCGAGGCUGAGCACUACCCGGUUGUACCGGAGCAACACCACCACGUGUUCCCCACGUGGCACACGGUCCAACGGCCAGCGUCGCCAAGCCCCCUCGACUUGUCGCUGAAGCCGAAUGCGAGCACAGCGGGGAUGAGCAUGAUGGACCAGGAGCCCGGGAUAAGUAAUCGGCGUCAAGAGCAGACGGCGGUGGCCGAAGGAUUUGAGCCGGAGACGCGCAACCAGGUGCGGAACUAUUCGCCGCCGGGAGUGCCGACGACACCGCAACACCACCUUCACGGUAUCAGCGCGCCUAUGACACCGCCGAGCACGCCGUCGCCGCCGCAGUGCCCGAGAAAACGGCCAAGGGAGGAUCCGGGGUCGGGUGGCUACUCAGCGGCGGCCCCGCACGGCGAGAGGUGCAACAAGGGCGAAAAGGGGGGGCCGCAGAGGUCGAAGAAAAAGCACGCGAGACGAUUAAAGUUCGACGAGGACACGAGUAGCCCGGUAUCCGGGACCGUUAUCCUCGGUCCCGACGAGGCGGUCGUUACCGGGGAUAUCGAUCCCGCCUUCAACGUCGUCGAGGUUACCGUGGAGGCGCGGGCCGAGUUGGCAAAGAUCGAGAACCGGCUUGGACCCUACCAGUGCAGACUUUGCCGGCAGCUACACGAGGACGCUUUUCAGCUCGCGCAGCACCGUUGCUCCCGUAUCGCCCAUGUCGAGUACCGAUGUCCGGAGUGCGACAAGCGCUUCUCUUGCCCAGCCAACCUCGCCUCCCACCGACGCUGGCACAAGCCACGGGCUACCGCCCUGCAGCCCGACGGCCCCUGCGGCCAGCCUACGAACCUCGGGGCCGAGUUCGCCUGCUCGCACUGCGACGCCAAGUUCGGCCGGCAGGCCGCCCUCCGCAAGCACCUAGCCGCACAGCAUCCCGAGUUGGUGGCACCUGCAGCCACGGUCAGCGGGACAAACGGCGCGCACCUUGCCGUUUCGGCACUGACCUGCGAAGCACCCUGACACCAAUUUCCUGCGAGACCAUUGCCCAGGAGGCCAGGGCCCUACUGGAGAUUCGGUCUUGAUCUUAUGUGAGACUGGACAAUGACGUGGCGGACAGUUUUUCAGAAGGGCCGAC